UUGUGCCAAAAAAGAUUGUUACAUAUGCUUGUGUUAUAAAUUUUGGUUAGAAAAUACGGGUUUGUCUCAUUUCCUGACUUCCUAACGUUUGAUAACGUUACCACUGUUAAGGGAUAGAAGCCGUUUUGCGACACCUAAAAUAGCUGUAACAUUAGGCGGGGAAUUCGGGUCUUAUUCGGCGUAAUGUCAGAACAUUGGUCACUGUUUCUUGUCAAAACAUACGAAAUUUAAGUACAAAUUUAAGGACUCUGUCCUAAAUGCAGAUAGCAGGUGACUCAUGUAACGUGACGUUCACGUUAGGUAAGGUGAUGACACGAGCAGGAAAACAAGUACUUACUACACCCUGUAGGUGGAGAUAUACUGCGGUUUCACAAACAGAUCAUUUGAUUUAUAUUGUUUUAAGUUCUUUACGUUCCUUAUUCAAAUGUAUUUUGUGUUUCAUUAUAUCCCAUUAUCUAGUGUCAUUGCUUUACAUAUGCAUACGGAGCUUGCUAUUCGUCCAAAUAGAAAUGCGUAAUUCACUAAAUGUUUGAUGAAUGAUGUCCCGACGCAUGUGUUAUUUUCAAAGACAGAGCUGUUUGUUUGUUGUUCUGUACUAGGAUCUAUUCUAAGUGUACUUUCUUUGUAACUCGAUAGUUCAGGCAAAGGUCAGUGUAGCGUCCAGCAAGUGUCCCCUAAUGGUUCCACAUGAAUUGGUUCAGACGCUUUGCAUAUUAAACAUCUGAAGAGUGAUACAAUCUUUUAACACGAGAUGCCAAAUGUUACAUCACCAAAGCAGCAAAGGUUUACUUAAAAAAAAAGGUAGUAGGUCACUAUGCUGGAUAAGCAAAUAUGAACCCUUCUCUUCCAUAUCUGGCAUAACAGAUCAAGUGACUUCAAUUUUUUUCUUAAUUUAUUGGAUGACACGAGUUUAUUGAAUUACAUUCCACACUGAGACACACUGUCCUCUUCAAUCUGUUGAUUAAGUUCGAUCUGUUCUCUUCAACCACGUGCGUGUCUGAGCGCGCACUUGUACGCGCGGGCACGCAUCGGUUCCCUCUCCUGAUUUUCAAACGAGUCAUUGUUCGGUAUGAAUGGUGGGGGAAGGAUGCGCUGGUUCGUUCAGGAAUCUCUUUGUGUAGCAUGCUCACACAGUCAUAUCCGCAACCCCCAGAAUCGUCGCACUUGUCAGAAUACAGUGAUUUAAGCUGAAUCGGAGGAUGCGGGCGUGCUCUGCUCUCUCUGGCAUUGUAUCACCAUUGGAUUGCAUUGACUGGAUUUUCAUAUAAUCAAAGAAACGGCAUCAAUAGUUUGCUUGCAUCUGAAAACAAAAACAUAGCUGGAAAAGAAGAGAACAAGAGUGUGUCAGAUGGGAAGCAGCAGCAGUAGUAGUAGGCUCUUCAGUUCUCUGCCUCAGACUCUGAGCAGCGCUCCACUGGCAGACCCACACGUGGAUAAUGAUGACUACGAAUACGAGCAGGCCGACCCAGAUGCCCUCUUGCGUGAAUGCGAAGAGGUUUUGAGGAAUCGUCCUCCUCGGCUGCACCGGGACAUUAUGAGGAUCAGAGCCAGCUCGCUGCAGAAUGAACCCAUCCGCAUUAUGCAGUGGAACAUUUUAGCGCAAGCUUUAGGUGAAGGAAAGGACGGUUUUGUGCGUUGUCCGAUGGAAGCCUUAAACUGGUCUGAGAGAAAAUAUCUUAUUUUAGAAGAGAUCCUUACCUGCAGACCCGAUGUGCUGUGCCUGCAGGAGGUGGAUCACUACUUUGACACUUUCCAGCCUGUAUUAGCCAGCUUGGGCUAUCAAAGCAGCUUCUGCCCCAAGCCGUGCUCCCCCUGCUUGGACGUUCACAACAACAAUGGUCCAGAUGGAUGCGCUCUGUUCUUCAGCCGCCGACGUUUCCAGCUGCUCCAAACCAACCACCUCAGACUGUCCGCCAUGAUGCUCAAGACCAACCAGGUGGCCAUUGUGGCUACGCUUCGCUGCAGGCUCACGGGCCAAGUCUUCUGCGUGGCAGUAACUCAUCUGAAAGCCCGGAGUGGCUGGGAGGCAUUUCGCAGUGCACAAGGGGCUCAUCUCCUCCAGCAGCUCCGUAACAUCACCGCUCAGUCGUAUCCAGAGAUGGACCAGGAGGAAGGAAUUCCAUUGGUGGUAUGUGGAGAUUUCAACGCUGAGCCAAGUGAGGAAGUGUAUAGACGCUUCAUGACGUCCCCACUGGGACUGGACAGUGCGUACAAGUGUCUAAGUGAGGACGGGACUACAGAACCGCCUUAUACUAGUUGGAAAAUCCGUCCUAGCGGAGAGAGCUGCUCCACGUUGGACUACAUUUGGUACACGGAAAGAGCAUUCCGUGUGGAUGCUGUGCUGAGGAUACCCAGUGAAGAGCAGAUUGGACCAGACCGGCUUCCCUCUUACAAUUAUCCCUCUGACCAUCUGUCUCUGGUGUGUGACCUCAGCUUCAAUCAGCAGCCUCAUAGGCUCAUGUAGCUGUCAAUUAUAAGUGCUACUCAAUAGUGUUCCAGAGACAUUCCUAGAGCAUGUGUGAAUGUAUGUCUGAAUGAAUUACAUUUGUAUUAGAAUGUAACUUAUGUCAUUCACAUGACCCUUAUUUUUACCUUCUGAAGUUGGUCUUUAUACACAUCUCAUGGACUGUUGUAAUUGCAUUUAUUUACCUGGAUGGAGAUAUGAUGCAUUGUUUGUAAAACAGAGGUUGUGCAAUAGUCUGUAAUUUAUUAAGUGCUGAAUGAUAUCAUGAUCUCAGGAAGAUGCACAUUCUUGAAACCGUUGCACACGUGGAAAGAUGUUUAUAUUUAUAUGACCGUUAAUUUUUUUCCUUAAAAUUAUUGUAAUCACCAAUGUUUGCCAUUGGAAAUAAUAUAAAAGUGUCACACAUUUUGAA